GAUUCCUAACCAGGACAAAGGAUUGUGCAUUAGAGAUGGAAAUUACCUCGUUAAGCAGGCAAGAAUCCGGACGUCUGGUGCUCUCGCUUCUGUUUCUCGCAGCCUGGGAGGCUGGGAGCGGCCAGCUCCACUACUCUAUUGCGGAGGAGGCUAAACACGGCACCUUCGUGGGCCGCAUCGCGCAGGACCUGGGGCUGGAGCUGGAGGACCUGGUGCCCCGCCUGUUCCGGGUGGCGUCCAAGGGCCGCGCGGACCUUCUGGAGGUAAAUCUGCAGAAUGGCAUUUUGUUUGUGAAUUCUCGGAUCGACCGGGAGGAGCUGUGCGGGCGGAGCGCGGAGUGUAGCAUCCACCUGGAGGUGAUCGUGGAGCGGCCGCUGCAGGUUUUCCACGUGGAGGUGGAGGUCAAGGACAUUAACGACAACCCGCCAAUGUUCAAGGCUUCCCCAAAGAAUCUGUUCAUAGCGGAAUCCAGGCCUCUUGACACUCGUUUUCCACUAGAGGGCGCAUCCGAUGCAGAUAUCGGAGCCAAUGCUGUGCUGACUUACAGACUGAGCCCCAGUGAGUAUUUUUCUCUAGAAAAACCAUCAGACCACGAGCGGGUAAAAGGCCUUGGACUUGUGUUACGGAAACUUCUGGACAGGGAAGAAGCUCCGGAGCUCACUUUAUUGCUCACGGCCACCGAUGGAGGCAAACCUGAGCUGACUGGGACCGUCGAGCUAUUCAUCACGGUACUGGAUGCCAAUGACAACGCCCCAGUGUUCGACAGGGCACUCUAUACGGUGACAAUACCAGAAAAUAUUCCUAAUGGAACAAUAAUAAUGAAACUUAACGCUUCAGAUUUAGAUGAAGGAUCGAAUGCAGACAUUAUGUAUUUAUUAUCAGCUGAUACUUCACCGACUGUGAAAUCCAAGUUCCACAUAGAUCCAAUUACUGGACAAAUAAUGGUAAAGGGAUUUAUCGACUUUGAAGAAAGCAAAUCCUAUGAACUCCUCAUAGAGGGAAUUGACAAGGGACAGCUACCACUCUCUGGACAUUGUAGAGUUAUUGUGGAAGUAGAAGACACUAACGAUAAUGUCCCAGAUUUGGAAUUCAAGUCUCUCUCACUUCCAAUCAGAGAGGAUGCUCCUUUGGGCAGCGUCAUAGCUCUAAUCAGUGUGUCUGACCGUGACUCCGGCAUCAACGGGCAGGUGACCUGCUCUCUGACUCCAAACGUCCCCUUCAAGCUGGUGUCCACCUUCAAGAAUUACUACUCGCUGGUGCUGGACAGCGCCCUGGACAGAGAGAGCAUUUCUGACUACACCGUGGUGGUGACAGCGCGGGACGGGGGUUCGCCUUCGCUCUGGGCCACCGCCAGCGUGUCGGUGGAGGUGGCCGACGGGAACGACAACCCCGGCCAGGCGCCUAAGGCCUCUUCGCGGGCGAUGGUGGGCGCUGCUGGCCCCGAGUCGACCCUGGUGGACGUGAACGUGUACCUGAUCAUCGCCAUCUGCGCGGUGUCCAGCCUGCUGGUGCUCACGCUGCUGCUGUACACGGCGCUGCGGUGCUCGGCGCCGCCCCCAGAGGGCGCUUGCGGGCCUGGGAAGCCGACGCUGGUGUGCUCCAGCGCGGUGGGGAGCUGGUCUUACUCUCAGCAGAGGAGGAGUCAGAGGGUGUGCUCUGGGGAGGGCCCUCCCAAGACCGACCUCAUGGCCUUCAGCCCCAGUUUACCUGACUCUCGAGACAGAGAAGAUCAAGGACAGACCACUGGGGAUUCCUUUCCGAAGAUCAUGGAUAUAAAGAUUCGUGUCAAGUUCGUCAUUGAAACUGGGAAAUUUUUGAUGAAGAUAAGACAGCAGGAAAAGGACCUUCCAUUGUUGGCUUUGCAACAGAGCAAAAAGAAAGGAAAUCCGGGAAUCCGGCGUCUGCUGUUCUGGCUUCUGCUCCUGGCAGCCUGGGAGGAGGGGGGCGGCCAGCUCCACUACUCGGUCCUGGAGGAGGCCAAACACGGCACCUUCGUGGGCCGCAUCGCGCAGGACCUGGGGCUGGAGCUGGAGGACCUGGUGCCCCGCCUGUUCCGGGUGGCGUCCAAGGGCCGCGCGGACCUUCUGGAGGUAAAUCUGCAGAAUGGCAUUUUGUUUGUGAAUUCUCGGAUCGACCGGGAGGAGCUGUGCGGGAGGAGCGCGGAGUGUAGCAUCCACCUGGAGGUGAUCGUGGAGCGGCCGCUGCAGGUUUUCCAUGUGGACGUGGAGGUGAAGGACAUUAACGACAACCCGCCGGUGUUCUCCCGACAAGAACAGAGAUUAUUUAUUUUAGAGUCAAGAAUGCCAGACUCGCGGUUUCCGCUAGAGGGCGCAUCUGAUUUGGAUAUCGGAGCAAACGCAGAACUGAGAUACAAGCUCAGUCCUAACGAGUAUUUUGACUUAGAUGUUAAAACGAAUGAAGAAGAAUCGAACUUUUUAGAGUUAGUUUUGAAGAGCUCAUUAGAUAGAGAAGACACCCAAGAACAUUCUUUAUUUCUAACUGCAAUUGAUGGAGGAAAACCGGAACUAACAGGUACAGUUCAGUUAUUGAUCCGUGUAUUGGAUGCGAAUGACAAUGCCCCUGAAUUUGAUAAAUCUAUUUAUAAUGUAAGAUUGUUGGAAAAUACACCGAAUGGGACAUUAGUUAUUAAACUGAACGCCUCAGACGCAGAUGAGGGCAUCAAUAAGGAAAUAGCGUAUUUCUUUAGUAAGCUUGUUUUUGACUAUGUAAAAUCUAAGUUUAUACUCAAUUCUUAUAAUGGUGAAAUAAAAGUUAAGGGAGAGCUUGACUACGAAGAUCGUAACAUAUAUGAAAUUGGCAUCGAUGCUGUGGAUAGGAGUACAUUCCCAUUAACAGGACACUGCAAAGUAAUAGUGAAACUCGUGGAUGUGAAUGAUAAUACUCCAACGAUGACCAUAAACUCUCUUUUUCUGCCUGUCAAAGAGGACGCUCCAUUGGGUACCGUCGUCGCCCUGAUUAGCGUGUCCGACCGAGACUCAGGGGCCAACGGGCAGGUGACCUGCUCCCUGACUCCAAACGUCCCCUUCAAACUGGUGUCCACCUACAAGAAUUACUACUCGCUGGUGCUGGACAGCGCCCUGGACAGAGAGAGCAUUUCUGACUACACCGUGGUGGUGACAGCGCGGGACGGGGGCUCGCCUUCGCUCUGGGCCACCGCCAGCGUGUCGGUGGAGCCCGCGCGGACGGCCACAUCCACCGUGCUGGUGUCUCUGGUGGACAGCGGCCAGGCGCCUAAGGCCUCUUCGCGGGCGAUGGUGGGCGCUGCUGGCCCCGAGUCGACCCUGGUGGACGUGAACGUGUACCUGAUCAUCGCCAUCUGCGCGGUGUCCAGCCUGCUGGUGCUCACGCUGCUGCUGUACACGGCGCUGCGGUGCUCGGCGCCGCCCCCAGAGGGCGCUUGCGGGCCUGGGAAGCCGACGCUGGUGUGCUCCAGCGCGGUGGGGAGCUGGUCUUACUCUCAGCAGAGGAGGAGUCAGAGGGUGUGCUCUGGGGAGGGCCCUCCCAAGACCGACCUCAUGGCCUUCAGCCCCAGCCUUCCUCAUGGUCCCACUUCUGCAGACAACGUGAGU